AGUAGCAGAACGUCUCUCUCUCUGCCUCUUACCCAGAGCACCUCGCAGGGGCUUAGCGGACGUGAGGCGUGCGAAUGGGCAGAGCAGAAUCUCUAGAAGGGAAAAUGAGCACCCAGGAUCCUUCAGAUCUGUGGAGCAGGUCGGACGGAGAAGCUGAGCUGCUCCAGGACUUGGGGUGGUACCAUGGUAACCUCACCCGCCAUGCAGCCGAGGCUCUUCUCCUCUCCAAUGGAUGCGACGGGAGCUACCUUCUGCGAGACAGCAAUGAAAGGACCGGGCUGUACUCUCUCUCUGUGAGAGCCAAAGACUCUGUCAAACACUUUCACGUUGAAUAUACUGGAUAUUCAUUUAAAUUUGGCUUUAAUGAAUUCUCAUCUUUGAAGGAUUUUGUCAAGCAUUUUGCAAAUCAGCCUUUGAUUGGAAGUGAGACAGGCACUCUGAUUGUUCUGAAACAUCCCUAUCCAAGAAAAGUGGAAGAACCAUCCAUUUAUGAAUCUGUCCGGGUUCACACAGCAAUGCAGACAGGAAGAACAGAAAACGACCUUGUGCCCACUGCCCCUUCUCUGGGCACCAAAGAAGGUUACCUCACCAAACAGGGGGGGCUCGUCAAGACCUGGAAAAUGAGGUGGUUCACUUUGCACAGGAAUGAACUGAAAUACUUCAAAGACCAGAUGUCACCAGAACCAAUUCGGAGCCUAGAUUUAACAGAAUGUUCGGCUGUACAAUUUGAUUAUUCACAGGAAAGGGUGAACUGUUUUUGCUUAGUAUUUCCAUUCAGGACAUUUUAUCUCUGUGCAAAGACAGGAGUAGAAGCUGAUGAGUGGAUCAAGAUAUUACGCUGGAAAUUGGUGAGUUAUUUGUGUCUCUGGAUGCCUAGUACUCAGAAAUCACAUGUUGAUGAUUUCAAACAUAUUUCUAUUGAAAGAGUCAGACAACCCCCGAGAAUGGACAGGAGGUCUACUUGCAGGCUUGUGGAAGAAUCUGUUCAUUCUUCUGGGAUGUGGAAGGGAUGGAGAAAGGAAUAAAAGAAAAAGAACGAAGAUGCACUGGGGUCUCAGCCCCCGAGCCUAGCCUGGCACCCUGGUGUCUAUCAGGCUUCCUACAAGUGUGUGGGCUGGUCCAAGUUUGCCUGGAGGAGGACAUGUGGAACCAGAGGUCAGACAGAGGAAAGCUGACAUAUUUCUAUAGUAGAAAAUCCUUUUAUUUUGUCAGAGAAGGAGGCUUGCCAGAGAGACUUAGCUUAAUGUCCAGUUACUUUGUGCCAGUCAAGAACAAAAGGUGUGUUAAUUUAUCUGCUUUCUAUGUACCUCCCAGGAGGAAGACAAAGGGCUUAUAAGAAUUUACUAGUCUCAUGCAUUUUUUGUGUGUUUGCAAGUUAGUGAGUUGUUAGCCGAGAACUUGUCCUUAAAGCUUUCUUAAAUUUCCUAUAAAUACCAUCUUGAAACCCUUCAUGUUUUCAACUAUAGACAAUUAUUCCUAAUUUUUUAAAUGAAAUUAGCUGAUAUAUACAAUCUUAUUGAAUAUUCCUUUCUAAAUACUGGGAUUUUUGCUUUUGGUUAUCUAUUCAGUUUGAGAUCCAAAGCAAUAUACCACUCAUUC